GUUUCGAUAUCGAACAACGAGCUCGCGAACAGCAUCGAAGAAGAGGACGAGGAUAACGAAAUACCCAUCCUCGAAGACGAUUCCACGACACACGGAUUGGAGAGAUUAAGUUCGGCGGCUACAUGUCUGGUGGCAGGGGUCGAAUACACUCAUGGGCAACAGAUAUACCGACAUGACCCCUGUGAGUUUUGUCUGUGCUUGGAUGGUGAAAUGUUCUGCUGGUGGCAAGACUGCCCGCCAGCCAUGGAAGGACCUUGUAGAGACAAAGGACCUUUUUCAGCCUGCCUGACUGUUCCAACAAAUCCCCAGUCUUCAGUUACAUCAUCGACAUUAACCCCUGACGCUACAACAAAACUCCAAUCAGGUAAUUCAACUUCAUUCCAGACAAAAACUGUGAUACCGGAACAAUCAUCCAGUCGAACGGCCGAUUAUAUAGAGCUUUCCACAGAUGUAUUCGUUUCCAGCGAACAAGCGGCAGAUGUUGAAGUUUCUUCUGAACACCCAGAACUGAGUACAUUCAACGAAAUUAAACAUUGUGUGGUUAUGGGCAGAGUGUACCAGAUCGGCGAUAGACUACCGCACGACACCGGCAAUUGUUUAGAGUGCAUCUGCGGUCAAGGGGCAAAAGUAACGUGUUCUCCACACCAAUGCGCGCCUGCUGGAGAUGAGAUUAACGACUACCGUCUUCCCGGACCUCGACAGCCUGUUGUUCCGGACAUAUUUUAAUGAAAACGUUUAACGCUACCUCUCUCCUAUUCAUUUGUAAAUGGUCCAGUGGCAAAAUUCCAUGAAUUCCUCGCGGUUAAUAUACGGGGCUUUUCGGUCCAAUUGUAUAAAGGUCGGAAUUUAGUAGUUAUGGAAGCGCAGAAUUAUUUUGAUCAGUUUUUUGAAAAUACUUGUUGAGUAGAAAUUACGACUUGAAACUGAAAACUAUGAUUUCAUUCCCGAAAUUUUCACUAUUCACACUAAACUCCCAGUAUCAAUUUAAAUGUCGAUAUUUCGACUUCAAACCCAUAAUUUCGCAUUCAAAUUUGCAUAUAAAUGAUAAAAAAUAUAUAAUAGGAACCAAAACAAUCCACCCCCGAAUUCUAUUCAAAUAUAUUCUGUAGCCAAAAACAGUUGCAGAUCCCAAUUCACCGUUCAAGAAUUGACGAUGAAACAUCAACUCCCUUUCUAAAACUCAUUUUGUCAUCUUGUAAAUCAUUUUCAUCGUUCAAAUAACCAUUUUCAACAAAGGUCCAGUUAUAUAAUUUCCCAAAAUAUUAUCCCAGAUAUGGUUUUUUCAUUUCAUUCACUUACAGUAUGCUAUUAAAUAACCUAAUUCUGAUAUAAACUCGGUAUUAUCUCACUGUCUUUGUCUUUGCAUCGUUAAAACUACUAAUAGUAUUUUUUUCCAAAAUUAAAACUCCGUUGAAAACUUUAGAAAAGUCAAAUGUAGUAUAUGAAAUUCCUUGUCAUACAUGUGACAAAACAUAUAUUGGAAAAACAUCUAGAAUUUUAUCUGGACAAUUAACGUCACAUUAAAGUGAUUAUAACACAAACAAAGCCACCUGUGCAGAUGCAGAGCAUGUCAUCAGCACUAAACACACAAUGAACUACACCGAAGUUAAAGUUUUGUGUACUGAAAGCAACUUACAAAAACGGUUGUUUAAAGAAAUGUUCUUCAUCAAAAGAAAUACCGAUAACAUGAACAAAAAGACUGAGCUCAACAACCUCAGCAAUAUUUACAAUUACAUCUUAAAAUUGGAACUAAUUCCUCCAGGUUCCCCAAGCAACAGAUAAUAAUAGGUUUGUUCUGGUUCAA